AUGAGUGCAAGUGAAGAUAAGAAGGCAUCUGAGGCCGCCGCAUCUGCGAAACCAACCGGUCUGGAGAAUUGUACGAUAAUCGCUCGAGAUGACUUUGAAAUCCACGAGCGAGUAGGUCAGGGGGCAUUCGGGAUGGUUUAUCGGGGGACUUGGAGAAGGAAUGGAGAGAAAUUAACGGUGGCACUGAAACGAGUGGCUACGGUUAGACAGGAGGUGGGUGGAUUUGUAUUAUCGGUGGUAUUUAGUUUAUUGUUACUUGUACGUUGA